AUGCCGAAGACUACCUCUCUCCUCAGGCAGUCUGCGUGCGCUGCGCUGAGGCCAAGACCACCGAUUCUAAUUGCCUCUAGAGGUUUCAGCCAAUGCCGACGGCAAUCUUCCUCAACCCCCAGUCCAAAGAAAGACCAAGAUGGCUCGACAUCCUCGCAAGGGAAUCCUCCGCCCAAGCCCCCGUCGAUGGAGGAUCUCCUAGCCAACACAAACCCUCAAGAUAACUCCCUCCUUGCCCCCGUACACAUACCGGAAGAUGCCAAUGCUAUCCUCAAGUCCGAUCAUCCGGCUACCGACAUCCUGUCUCAGUCAGGCAUAGUUGUUCAACGGCAACUGGAAAUGAUGAACGUGAUGAUCGGCUUCGAGCAGGCCAAUCGAUAUGUUAUACUUGAUCCACAGGGGAACCACAUCGGGUACAUGGCAGAGCAUGAAGGUGGCAUAGGGUACACCAUGAGGAGGCAAUUCUUCAACACCCAUCGCGCGUUCACCACCCACGUCUUCAAUCGUCAGUCGAGGGAGGUGUUGAGGUUCCACCGCCCGUUUUCAUGGAUCAACACUCGCAUUCGGGCCUAUGACCCCUGGGAUGGCCCUUACGAGGCUCAAAGAUCCUCUUCCACAUCGCUUGUCCCACAAAGCAGUACCGAUCCGAUGGAUCAACCCCAAAUAUCUCCUCUCCCACUGGAGUCAAUGCGCAUAAUUGGUGAGACGCAUUCACAGUGGGCGCCACUACGCCGCAAAUAUGAUCUGUUCCUUUCCCACGACCUCGCCUUGAAUGAGCCUGGGCCCCAUGCGAUCUCAACGAGGCGGGGCGAGGGCCUGUCGAAUCUGCAGCAGAAUCAGAUCGCAGAAAACAACAGGUCCGGUUCGGCCACAGACUUCACUCAGUUUGCCGCAGUUAAUGAGCCCUUCUUAUCUUGGGACUUCUCGCUCCUUGAUCAAAACAACCAGAAGAUCGGAUCGGUCAAUCGUGAAUUCCGGGGUUUCGGGCGAGAAAUCUUCACAGAUACUGGAAGCUAUGUCCUGCGGAUGGACGCAGCCGGAAUGGAAGGUCCAGCAGAUGCCAAGCAGGGUGACCGUGGCUAUGCGGAGGCAUUGGGAGGGAGAGAAGGCAACUACGGGAUGACCCUUGACCAGAGAGCCGUGAUGCUCGCCACCGCCGUGACAAUCGACUAUGACUACUUCUCUCGCCAUAGUGGAGGACAUGGAUUCUUCCCGCUCUGGUUCGGAGGCGGUGCCGGGGAGGCAGCUGGCGGGGCAGCAGGAGCUGGAGCAGCCGGAGAGGCCGGAGCCGCUGGAGCCGCUGGUGCUGCCGAGGCUGGCGGUGCCGUUGUCGGAGGAGCCGGUCGAGCAGUUGGGUCAGCGGCAGGAGGAGCAGCGGGGGUGGGCGAGGGCGCUAUGGCAGGUGCAGGAACCAUGGCAGGUUACGAAGCAAUGCAAAGGGGAAUGGGACGAAGGUCCGAGGGGUCCGCGGGUAGUGACGAAAUGUCUCCUCAGCAGCAGCCAUCACCGCCUCCAGAACAGCAGCCUUUUGGCCAGCAGCCCUACGAUCCUCAAUCUCCACAAAGCGGCUUCGGUGAGCCACAGCAAGGCGAAGAAGAUGUCUGGGGCUCACAAGACGACUUCGACCCUUUCAAAGACGCACCUCAGGGAGGAGGAUCUGGGGGUGGGGAAGGCGGGGGCGGUGGUGGUUGGUUCUCAGACUUGUGGGAUUCGUUCUGGAACAAUUGA